GAGGAAUGUUCAUUACGCAUUACCAAAUCUUACAAUUAGUCAUAACUUUAUCUGGACUUGUAUUUCUGACGUACUGGUGGGUGGUACCGGAAAGUGCUCGCUGGUUAGUAACACAGGGAAGAUAUGAGGAAGCCGACAACGUUUUACGGCAUGCUGCGGAAGUCAACGAAGUAACGUUACCAGAAAAAUGGUGGGAGCAGCUGGAGUCCGAAAAUGCUCAAAGGAAAGGAAAGGAGAUGAAGAAGUAUAGAGCAUGUGACUUACUGAAAACGCCAGUAUUAAGGAAAAGGGCUCUAAUAACGUUCUAUUUAUGGCCAUGUGUUUCUAUGUUCUAUUAUGGUAUGGCCCUGAAACCCAAUGUGCUGGGAGGUGAUAUGUACAUAAACUUCAUAUUUGCUGCACUGGUGGAAAUUCCAGCACUUGUAAUAGUCUUCUUGGUCCUUGACCGAAUUGGUCGUUGUAUUGUCACUAGCCUUGGGUUUUUUCUUGCUGGAGCUUUUUUACUUAUAAAUUAUUUCAUGGGGGACGAUGUGCCAUAUGCAGUGCCAAUUAUACAAAUGAUGAUCUCCAAAGGUGCUAUCACCGUUACCUACACGGCCGUAUAUACGUACACACCUGAGCUGUUUCCUACAGUAAUCAGAAAUACAGCUACGGGUCUAUGUAGUAUGGUCGCACGUGUUGGAGCAAUAACGGCAACGUACCUCUGCUUGUGGAUUGCGGAACUACCGAAUGGCAAAGUUUAUAUGAUCAUUCCGUUCGCAGUCAUGGCUAUCACAGCAGCCGUUCUCACGCUUUUCGCCUUGCCAGAGACGAUGGGCACAGCAUUGCCUGAAACUAUUGCUCAAGUAGAAGGCGAAGAAGAACCGUUACCACAAGAGCUCCAGCCUUUUCGGCCAAAAACGACAACGGAGGACGAUUCAAAUCUCAAAUCUGGGGAAACUGAACAUACUAAUGAUAAGCAAACACAAAAAAUAUCUGCCAUUGAUGAGAAUGACUAG